GUUAGUAGUCCUUUGACAGUAAUCAUGGGAAUUGGAAUGUGUUGGCUCCUAGCUUCUCAUAGAUGGCUACUUUUAUGUGCUAUACAGGGGAAAGGGGAUGGAGAGGAGUUGAAAAGCACCGCAAUUCAUUGUCUGUGCCGUCUUCGAGGUCAAACUGUUGAUGAAUCACCUCAUCGGCAAGUGGAUGAAAUUUUGGCUGAGCUUGCUUAUGUGGGUGAAGAAAAAGAAGUUAUUUUCGGAGAAAUAUUCAGAGGAAAAUGCUUGAAAGCCCUUACCAUUGGUGCAGGAUUGGUCUUGUUUCAACAGAUCACAGGGCAACCAAAUGUGCUUCAGUAUGCUGGAUCAAUCCUUCAGGUAUUAUAUAACACAAAUUCAUAUGAUCUAUUUAUUACCUGUCACUAGUGGAAGUUUGAUGAAAUUGUAACCGAAUCCAAUAUGUAGAGUGCAGGAUUCUCCACUGCAUCUGAUGCAACCUGAGUCUCUAUUCUCCUUGGUUUUUUCAAGGUAGAUUCCCCCCCCCCUUAUGUUUGCAAUAUCUGAACAACAAUGUUAGCAAGGAAACUUUUUGUGAGUUUUAUUAGUAAGAUGUGGGUGAAUGUUUUCCAAAAAAUGCAAAAUUGCUGGAUUGGGCCAGAAGUUAUUGUUCAAGCUAUGUCAAUUGUCAUUUUUCCGUAACUCUUCUCUUGCUCUGUUACUGUGCAAUGAGCCAACUGUAUCUUCAUGCUGUAUCCAUAAGUUUGUGUCUUAAUGUUGCUUCUUUUAUUAAAACGGAAAAGAAAUUUUUUUUAAUAGAUUUAAAGUUUUAAAAUAUUAGAAUUGUAGACUUUUGAUUGGCACUCCCUUCAGUAUUUUCUUUUUCAAUUGAUUGCAUUUUGUCAAAUGAGAGAGCCAUGUUUGUCUAUUCAA